CAGCCAAGCAGAGUGAGGCGAUUGUGGGAGAAAGUGCUUUAAAGAAAACAUUUCUAUGACAGUAACUUUUGUUUGUUUGCAAUAAUUAAGCAUUUUCUUUCUUCCUUCAAUCCAUUUCUUGCUCCCGUUUGCUAUAAUACGCCAUUGGUGGCGAGUUCCUCUGCUCCUUUGGCCUCAUCAUAAGCCAACCAAAGUGAUUUCAUUUGAGAGCUUCUUUGGUACAGCUUUGAGUGAACCCAAUCUUUUUCUCUGCCAUCACUCUUCUUCCUCUCUCAUAUCCUCAUCAAUUAUAUAUUAUAUCAAUUGGAUCUUCCUCAUCUGGUUCUUCCCAUUUACCGGAUCUCAGAUUCAGAGGUCUUUCUUAUAAUAGUAAUAAUAAUAAUAAAUAAUAUUCCUUUCAUUGGGUGUGUAAUAUUAUUGGUUCUCUCUGAGUUGUAUUUUCCUGAAACCUCUUCAAUGUGUGUCUUUCUUUUUUAGUUCCUUUGAGAGAGUUAACAUGGUAGAAAGCAUGCAGAGUUGUUGCAGUCAAAGCCUCAAAGGGUCAAGAGGGUACAUAUCAACAAGUUUUCAGCUUUGAAAAGCACUUCUUAGGACAAAUAAGAUUGCUUUUAUUUCUUUCUAGUACUUGUCAAAAAUUUUCUGUAUCUACUGUGAACACUGAACACCUUUUCCUUUUUCACAGCUUUUUUUUUUAAUUAUUAUUUUCCAGAGCACUUGUUCUUUCACUUUUACUGAAGCUUCAUUAUCUCCUAGUCCUUAACCGUAAUACUUUACCUUACCAACUUGGUUAUUGCUUCCAAAUCUCAUUGUUGAACCAUAAGGGUCCUCUAAAGUCUCAAUCUUUUAUGGAGUGCUGCAACAAGAGGAGGAUGAUGAAGGAAUCUCCGGAAUCGAACUUCAUGAACAGAAGAGGUUCAUCGUGUUUUCCAGAUGAGGUUCUUGAGCGUGUUAUUGGGAUGCUGAAAUCAAGAAAGGACAGAAGCUCCGUGUCACUGGUUUGCAAGGAGUGGUACAACGCUGAGAGAUGGUCAAGGAGGAACGUGUUCAUAGGUAACUGCUACUCUGUGUCCCCUGAGAUCUUAACCCGAAGGUUCCCAAACAUAAGAAGUGUUACACUGAAAGGGAAGCCACGUUUCUCUGAUUUCAACUUGGUUCCUGCAAAUUGGGGUGCUGAUAUUCACUUUUGGCUUGUGGUGUUUGCUAAAAAGUACCCUUUUCUUGAGGAGCUUAGGCUUAAGAGGAUGACUGUUACUGAUGAGAGUUUGAAGUUCUUGGCGCGCUCUUUUCCGAACUUCAAAGCUAUUUCCCUUCAAAAUUGUGAUGGUUUCAGCACUGAUGGUUUGGCUGCAAUUGCUGCUGAUUGCAAGAAUUUAACUGAGCUUGACAUACAAGAGAAUGUCAUUGAUGAUAAAAAUGAUAAUUGGUUGACUUGCUUCCCGGAAAGCUUCACAUCGCUGGAAGUACUGAACUUUUCCAUCCUUCACAAUGAUGUAAAUUUUGAUGCACUUGAGAAGCUUGUUACUAGGUGCAAAUCAUUGAAGACUUUGAAGCUUAAUAAAAGUAUAACACUGGAACAGUUACAAAGGCUACUUUUUAGAGCUCCCCAGUUAUGUGAGCUUGGUACUGGCUCAUUUUCACAAGAGCUGACAACACAGCAGUACUCGGAGCUUGAAAGUGCCUUCAGCAAUUGUAAAAAUCUUAACACCCUUUCUGGAUUAUGGGUAGUUACACCACAGUAUCUCCCAGUUCUGUACCCGGCAUGCGCAAAUCUGACUUUCUUGAAUUUUAGUUAUGCUCCCCUGGACAGUGAUGAUAUUGCUAAGCUUCUUGUUCAUUGCGCCAAUAUUCGGCGCCUAUGGGUUGUGGACACAAUUGAAGAUAAGGGGUUGGAAGCUGUAGGAACACACUGCCCACUGCUUGAGGAACUGCGUGUAUUUCCUGCAGAUCCUUUUGCUGAGGGUGAUGCCCGCGGUGUUACUGACUCAGGCUUUAUUGCUGUCUCUCAAGGAUGCCGAAAUCUUCACUAUGUCCUCUACUUUUGCCGGCACAUGACCAAUGCUGCUGUUGCCACUGUUGUGCAAAACUGCCCUGACUUCACUCAUUUCCGGCUCUGUAUUAUGAACCCGGGCCAGCCGGAUUACCGGACAAGCGAACCAAUGGAUGAGGCUUUUGGAGCAGUUGUUAAGACUUGCAGCAAACUCCAGAGGCUUGCAAUAUCUGGUUUACUGACCGACCUUACAUUUGAGUACAUAGGGAAGUAUGCAAAAAACUUGGAAACUCUUUCAGUUGCCUUUGCUGGAAGCAGUGAUUGGGGUAUGCAGUGUGUACUAGAAGGGUGUCCUAAGCUGAGGAAACUUGAGAUAAGGGACUGCCCAUUUGGGAAUGCUGCACUUCUUUCGGGGUUGGAAAAGUACGAGUCGAUGAGGUCGCUGUGGAUGUCAGAUUGCAAAGUGACAAUGAAUGGAUGUAGAUUGUUGGCUAAGGAAAUGCCAAGGUUGAAUGUUGAGGUAAUAAAGGAAGACGGCAGCGAUGAUAGCCAAGCCGAAAGGGUCUAUGUGUAUCGUUCCGUUGCUGGACCCAGAAGGGAUGCUCCUUCAUUUGUUCUCACUCUCUAAGAUGCUAUCUCCACUCCAAAUUUGAAUCUCCCCAAAGUGCUUUGGGACAAAAUCUGCAAAUUGAUGACGAAUAGCAUCAAUAAUUUGAAGAAAAAGAGAGAGGGUUCUGCAAUGUUCCAUGUUGAAUGAUGUUGGAAGUAGUUGGGGCUUAUCCAUAGAUUGAUUGUUGUGUUGUUGGUACAUCAAAUCGAAGGAGCAAGGACGAGAGAAAAGGUUCAAGACUCAAGAGAGACACUGCAAAGUUCACUUUUUUGAGUUGCUAUAAUAAUUGUACCAAGUGGGACCCACACACAGUGGAGACUAGAUGAGCACAUUAAGAACAACACCAAUCAUUCUCAACAAUAUCCACAUGACGAUCAGAUCAGAUCAGAUCAUGCCAGAAGAUGAGGUAGUCGUGGAUCUGGUCUAUCUUGAUGCUUAUUCAAGACAUUUUUUUUUUCUUCUGCCAAUUUAAUUAUUUAUUCAUGAAAGAAUAGCUUUCGCUUCUGAUAAUGGAGGAAAUCCAUGGAAAUUAAUGAGAAUAUUUAUUAUUAUUUAUUUUACACUGAGAGAAGUCAUAUAUGUAUCACUGCAUCAGAGGACAAAUUAUAGUGCCAUUGUUUGACAUGUUUUACUAAAUCACUGAAUAA